UUUACUUUCAAAUCGUUGCUUGGUUGAACGUAUCCAAAUACAAAUCAUUAGCUAACUAUGUAGAGAACAUCAACGGCAAACAUAUCGAACGUGUUUUAGUUUGUGCUGUCUUAUUAUGGUGCUUUAAAGUAAAACACUGACCUCAGCCACACGGAAAGCACGCUACAUUUUAACAUCAUAUACAGUCAUUGACUUUAACACGCCCACCAGAGACCAAAACGACGCCUUGUUCGAGUUAAUUUGAAUCUGGUAAGGAGGGAGUGGAGGUCUUCCGCCCGUCCUCUGCACUGCGAGCUGCUAUUUCACCCGUUGCCUCAGAACACCACAGUCGAUUUCCGUUAGGCACCGACUGUAUGGGAAGAAUAACAGUUUUCUUUUUGACAGCACUAAGUACCAGUAUUUAUUCUAAUCGAAGACAGUUUGCGAGUAGAUAGCUACAUAUCAACGAGCAAUUUUAUAUUCCUUUCAAGUGUUGUCUGUAGUGAGUAUGAGGCAAAGUGAGAAGUAGCAGUUAUCUUCGAGGAAAUAAAGUCAAAAUAAAGAUCAGAACCUACAGACAGUAUUAUCGUUAGUGUUAUAAGUCAUUUCAAAUUUGCCAAAUUAGCUAGUUUGAUAGCUGGCCAGCACCAUGACUCGGAGAUCAUGUGCAAUUUACGCUACUGGGAUUCUCUGCGCCCAUCUGCUGAUAGUGGGCAUCGCAUUGGUCGUGGCUCAAGUCUUCCAAACAAUGAUUUACAAUCGGCUUAAAAAGGAAUUGACCUUGACUGAGGCGAGCCGAGUAUUUGAGUCGUGGAAGAACCCACCACCUCCAGUCUACAUGGAGUAUUACUUCUUCAACGUGACCAACCCUGAAGUGUUCUUAGCAGGAGGCAAAGCAGCUGUCACCCAGAUUGGACCUUACACUUACAGGGAAUACAGACCCAGGGAAAAUGUAACUUUCCUCGAAAACGGAACCAAGGUUUAUGCCCUGAACCCCAAAAGCUUUGUCUUCGUCCCAGAGAAGUCCCGGGGUAAUCCAGAGGUCGACAUUCUGAGGACAGUCAACAUCCCAGCUGUGGCGGUGAUGAACGAGCUGAACUCCUACUCUUUCCUGCUGCGCACCUUCGUCUCCAUGUGGAUGAACUCCAUCGGUGUGGAAAUCUUCAUGACCCGCACCGUUCACGAGGUGCUAUGGGGCUUCAAGGACCCCCUGCUCUCCAAAAUCCACGCCAUGAAACCAGAGGUGGACGAGAUGUUUGGACUGAUGUGGAAGAAAAAUGGAACCGACGAAGGAGAGUUUGUGUUCCUGACUGGCGAACGGGACUACAUGGAAUAUGGAAGAAUAGACACAUGGAACGGGCUGACUGAAAUGUCGUGGUGGUCCUCUAACCAGAGCAACAUGAUAAACGGCACGGAUGGCAGUGUGUUCCACCCUCUGUUGUCCAGGAAAGAGCUGCUGUACAUCUUCGCUGCUGACCUCUGCAGGUCUAUCCAUCUGGGUUAUGUUGAGGACGUGGAAGUGAAGGGCAUCCCAGCCUACCGCUUCGCCCCUCCACAUGAUGUCCUGCAGAGUCCUAAGGAGAACCCUACCAACGCCGGCUUCUGUGUGCCAGCUGGGGACUGCCUUGGCACCGGGGUGCUUAAAGUCAGUGUUUGCCGAGAAGGUGCCCCUAUCGUGGUGUCAUUCCCUCACUUCUAUCAGGCUGAUGCCAUGUACGUUAAUGCUGUUGAAGGACUGAGCCCCAACAAGGAGGAGCAUGAGACUUACCUUGACCUUAAUCCAACCACUGGGGUCCCCAUCCGUGCCUGCAAGAGAGCCCAGCUCAAUAUCAUUUUGAACAGAGUUCCAGGCUUUCCCAAAACCAAACAUCUAAACGUUACAAUUUUCCCUAUCAUGUUUGUCAAUGAGACGGCCACUAUCGACGAUGACUCUGCUACCCAGAUGAGGACCCUGCUGCUCAUCGUGACCCUGGUGUCCAACUUCCCUCUGCUCAUCGUGGGCAUGGGCGCCAUCCUGCUCGUAGUCUUCGUCCUCCUGGUCUGCAGGUCUCGCCAGAAGAAGACGGCAAAAGACGAAACUGCCUACACUCAAGUCAGCGACAAACCAGAGGUUGAACCAUCAGAAAACAACCACACCAACCAGCCAAUGAGGAACGGCUCCUACAUCGCCAUGUCUCCUGUGGAGGCUCAGAAAUGUUGAUGGAGGCUGCAGUGUGUGGAGGGGAGGGGCAGGCGGAGCAGCCUGGGCGCGGUAUUAUAACCAAGGCGGGGUUUUGCAGUGCGGACAGGGGUUUUCACUUUUGGGGACUGUCCUACUCUCCUGCUGAGCAUGGCCUUUCUUCCUGCCAUAGUGCAAAACAACAUCUCCGGUCUACUACUAAUGUCACUUGUCUAUUUUCUGUCGAGCUCACCGCUGGGUUCAUGGCGAAACACUAGUUAUCUCAGCCAGGACAAUAGGUUUUGUGAGUAUUUUCUGCACUUUGAAGUAGAAUAUCAGUCAGUAUUCUCAAUGAUUAACAACCACUAUCAGCCUUCCAACAGGGCUCAAAGAGCACUGACUGACCGUAGUAUUUACCUGAACAAUGAAGACCAGAAGGUCCUUUAACAUUUCUUUGUAACGGUGUUUGUGAGGUUAUCUCCAAAACAAGCAACAGAUUAAAACCUUUGCUCCUUAAGUGAAAUAGUAUGACUAGUAGUAUUCCCUCCCUCCCUGUAACUGAGUUUUCAGCGAUUCAGAAUGUGGGUUUGCUAACAAAACUGUGUACUUACUUCCAUAUCCUUUUGGACUGAGCCAAACUUCAUAUUAUGUUGAGCAUUUUCCUGAGAUGAAUCAGUCAGUUCACAUACCCAAGUUGUCAUCAAACAGAAUUUGUGACUGUGUGUGCAUGUCUUACACUGUAGUGUUCUGUUUUGAUUGGACUAUGGGUUACUUUUUCUUGAUGCAGGCACUGUGUAGUAUGACAACUGAGAGAUUUAGCUUUUUUUUUUACAUAUUGGAAUUUUUGGAAACCUUUUUGAAGACAUGUCAAAGUCAGAAGAUAACGCGUUAGUAGAUGGCUGCUUUUCCCAUUAUGCGGUGUUAGGGGAUUGUACCUAUAGCCGAAGUAGAAAUACCAUAAACUUUAAUCUAAUAUUCAAAAUGGAAGAAAAACCUACAUUACAAGGGAGACUUGAACCUACUUUCUGCCUUACAAUUGUUCAGUGUGUUGAUUCUUCAUGUGGAUACAGUAAAAAGCUGGAUAUCUUAGUUGUACAUAUGUAAUGGGGAAAUGUUAGGCUACCUCUGACCUAAUCCAGCAAGUAGUCAAAGGUGUGCCUAAAACACUUUUUUUUAAAUUUUAACAACAGUGUCGACCCACGUUGUGUGUCUGUACUGAUACUUAGAAUAAGCACAAGUUGGAUUGCUAAUACAGUCCUCAUAAGGUAACAGGACUUCACAUAGUCUGUACCCUGCUAGAAGCAUAUUAUACAUAUUAUAUUUACCAUUUAGUUUUUUAACACUGCAUUGUUGGGAAAGGGCUUGUAAGUAGGCGUUUCACUGUAAUACAAUAUUUGUUGCAUUAUGCGCCAAAUGGGCUUGUCUACGAUUUGAUUUGAAGACGAUGGGUGCCCUGUAAAGAGAACUUUUUUUUUAUUCUAGAAUAAACAGUCAGGCCCUGCACACUGCUUCUGCUGUGCAUGUUAUGUCGAACAGAGUCAACUGGCUAGCCAAGGAGCUUCAGGUAUUCAGACAAACAUGACACUUGAAUCACUAUUUGUCUUACUGUAUAUUUUGUGUUUUUUUGUUGCUGUCGUUGGUCACUAGUCUCUGUGUCGUGUCAAGGCUUUUGGCAGUCGCUUCUGGAAAAAAAAUGUCCUAAGUCAAUAAUACUGUCAACUUCAAAAUGUGAUUCCUGCACUUUCCAAAAAAAGAGAACUUGCCAUGUAUUUUUUGGGGUUAUGUAAAAUGCAAUGGUCCUUCGGUGUAUUUCAGUGGUUUGACCCAGGGUUGUUUUUCAUUGGUUCCUGAGGUGUAAUUCUAGAUGGACACUUUGCCUUUGUUACUUGCUUUUCAGUAGAUAAAAUAAUAAUAUUUUUUUAUCUAUUAUUGCUGCAAUUAAUUACCAUAACCUAUGGGCUUUAUUUUUCUGCGGAGAAACCAUCCAUGCUCAUAUUCUGUUUAGGGUUGUUCCAACAAACUGGUAUCAACUCUUCUGAAUUGUUAAGUCUGGUCUGUGAACUCCUUAAAUGUUUAAGAAUAUUUGAGCACAGGAUACAAUGCCCAAAACUUGCUGUCAUUUACUGGAAUUAGCAGAUGACUAUAGAUUGCAAAAUUGUAACACCGAGUAUCAUGGUUUUUAACCCCAGUUCUGUUAACUGAUGAGGACUUGAUCUCAGUUGUUAUUGUAGCAGACCUUAAAGUGGCUGAAGAAUUGUCCAUAUUGAGAAUUUAGUUUCUGUGGGUGAUGAUGGCUUGGGUUGUUAAAACUGGAAACUAUUUCUGGAAGUCUAGAUGGAUACUCUAGUAAACAAAUGAGAGUUGUUCAAGUAUUAGUUAGUUUGUGCCGUAAGGACGUCUGUCAGACAUGGCUUUGGGGAUGUACUAUGAUAAACUGGUCCUGAUUUUUUUUUUUUUAUAUAUCAUGAUUAUAUAUCAAGAACCAAUUCACAAUAGGCCUUUUCAGUUUGAAACCUACUGUACUUGCAGGCAAUUAUUGCAUUGUGCAAGCAUGGCUGUACUUGUAUAAUCAUCACAGUAUAUCAUACUAUCCUUUUUUGACUUGAACAUAUAAGACCUCAAACCAGAGCCAUGUGUGUUGUAUGCUUAACAGUGUGUGCACACACACACACACACACCUGAGACACUGACUGACUAGUCCCAUUCACCUUUGUACCCAAUCAUUUAUGUCCAUUCGCUCCUCUGUGCGUGACCAAAGAUAACCUACAUGGAUCUGUUCUAGCUUGUCUACUCUCCUCCGAGAUAACGGUUGUGCCACCGCCUACCUAAUAGUAAUUGCACCAUAUACCUUUUGUACAGUGCAGGGCCCAAAGGGCUCUGGUCAAAAGCAGUGCACGGUUUAGGGAUUAGGGUGCCAUUUCAGAUGCAAGCCAUCUAAAACAGUGCCAGGAUCCAAUUGCAGUGUAUUUACAACAGUGUUUGAGUUGUCUUUUCCCAACAAGAUAACAAAAAAAAAGGUUUUUAGAAUUCCAUAACUAUUGUUAAUAUCAAGAGACUGGGGCGAUCUAUAUUGCUUGUUAUGCAAAAAUGCCGCUCUAAUGUGCGGGAGAAAAAAAUACGUUUUAUGUAUUGACAAAACAAUAUGUUAUGUAAAAACACAUUUUAUUAAAUGUUUUUUUAAUCUGACACAAUUUAUGUAUCCAUAUGUUCAAUGUUGUCUUUGUUUUUCUGAAUUUAUGUUUUUUUUUGUUUGUGGUCCUGUUUCAUUUCCUUUAUAUUUUUUCUGUAUAGUAAUAUUCAACUGGGGGUCAUCGAGCACAUUUCAGUUGAUCAUUGAAUUUUUCUGUCUCACAAAUGUUCUUAGAGAAUUCCGAGAUGGUCGUGUGUGUGUGUGUGUGUGUGUGUGUGUGGGAUGAUAAGCUUAUGUAGACAUUUUUGUACAGACAAUGUACUGUUUUGUCAAACUGGAGUGAUUUAAUUGGAAGGCUGAUAAUGUGUAUGCAUGUGGAGGGAGAUUGCCUUAGUGCCUGGAUGGGUACAAGGGUCGUGUACAAGCAAUCUAACCCAUAGAUGAAUGAAGCUCUCCUUCAUGGAAAAAUAACGGUAAUGCCAUACCAUCCUUUAUUUCCUUAAUUUGCUUUCAAGUAACCAGUGUAGCAACUGUAUCUAUUUUUUUCACAUUUCAUUUUGUGUACGUUUCUAAAGGUCUCAGUCACUAUCUAACAGACAUUUCAUGUUACUUCUGAGUUAUUAAAUGUUUUUUGCUGCUGAAAAUGACAAUCGUCAUGUUGGGUGAAAAACAAUUUCAAAUGUAAUAUACAUUAGUUUUAGUUUUGAUAAUUUACACUGCACAAAUGUUUAUACAAUGCUUUUGUAAACAUUUUUAGUGUAUUUGCCAAAAAAAUAAAGUAGCAAAGAAUACA